GCCUUCCUGCUGUCCUCUAGAUACGGGUGCAGCCUCCCUUUUACUGAAGAGGAUGGGGGACCCCUGCACCAGCUGAAACAGGCCAUGUCCUCCAUCCUGGGCACCUGGCUGCUCCAGUACCCAGACAAUUUCCACCAGCCUCCAGAAUUUCCCUGCCUUAAGACCACUGUCGCUUACAUAGAGCUGAGAAUGCCUGGCUCAGACCUGGAGCAGCAGGCCCACCUCCUCCUGGCACAGCUGGAGCAACUGGAGCUCCCAGAGGCAGAGAGUGAUGCACCAGCUCCAGAGCCCACUGGGGAAACCCCUCUGGAUGGAGAGCAGCUCCAACUCUCCUGCCUGCGACAGCGCCGGAGCCAGAGCAGAGGGACGUGCUGUAAGUACCAGUCAGGCUCUGCUGCCUGCCCUCCCCUUCAGUGCCGGGACACCCACUGCUCCCGAGGUGUCUGUGAAUUUACAAUUCCUGAUUCUUCUCAGAGGUGAUAACACAUUACUUGGGACUUAUUGUGUCUGGCUGAGUAAUGGAUGAAGAGAAUGAUCAUCACUAUUUUUUCAUUUAAAUUUUACACAUUUAAAAAUUAAAAAUAAGGCAGGACACCACGUUAAGGCACGCUCCUGGAUAUGCUCCAUGCAGGGGAAUUUUGAUUUGCAACAGCGGCACCCACUUGAGCUCAGAUGAGCUGAAAGAGUC